CAUCCUGACCCUCCUCCAAAAGAUUAGCAACAAACCCGGCAGCUUCUUGUCGACUGCAACACACACGAAAAGGUUUCCCGGGGAAAGUCGACAGGAAACUAGAUACCUGACCUUGAAGAUGGGGAUGACUGGGCCUCCGACAACUGCAUCAAAGCCCAGUCACACUGAGGAACAGCCCAGAAGAUGUGCCAUUAACCCGUUUCACAGUAUAAAGUUUUUUGUGCUAUGUCACGGACUGUUACAGCUCUCCCAACUCCUGGUAUCGGGGUAUCUGAAAAGCAUUGUCUCAACCAUUGAGAAACGAUUCGGACUUUCCAGCCAGACCUCGGGAAUGCUGUCCUCUUUGAAUGAGAUCGGAAGCGCUGUGUUUAUUGUGUUUGUCAGUUACUUUGGCAGUCGGGUUCAUCGCCCCCGUCUGAUUGGCUGCGGGGGUAUCCUCGUUAGUGUUGCUGCAUUCACUAUGGCCUUGCCCCACUUCAUCAUGGAAAAAUAUACAUACGAUCGCACCACCACAAAUAAUGUUAAUAAUGUCUCUGAUAUCUGCCACUUGACGCCUCAGGACCAGAAUUUAAACAGUGAGAUUUGCAGUGUGCAGGAAAGCAGCGGUGGCUACGACAUGCUUUCACUGCUAAUAGUUGGGCAGUUACUGCUGGGAAUCGGAGGUGUUCCCAUUCAGCCGUUUGGGAUCUCGUAUGUUGAUGAUUUUGCCAGCAAUAGGAACUCACCCUUGUAUCUCGGAAUUUUGUUUGCAGUUAGUGUCCUGGGACCAGCAUUCGGCUUCGUUUUAGGAUCUGGUGUUCUCCGUCUCUACGUUGACAUUGAUAAACUGUCAGCUGCUGAUAUUGAUCUGGAGUUUGAAGACCCUCGCUGGGUGGGAGCCUGGUGGUUGGGGUUCCUCAUGGCUGCUAGUUUUGUUGGCAUGGUCUCUAUCCCAUAUUUCUUUUUCCCAAAAGAGAUGCCCAAAGAGGGCUCCCGGGAUCCCGAAGGAGAAAUCAACACAGAUAAAAAGCUGAAUGAAUUAAAAUCCAAGCAAGAGGAUGGAACACAAGGCCUAUCAUUACUCCAAUUUAUUAAGAGUUUUCCGUGUAUCUUACUGAGGACUUUGAGGAGCUCAGUUUACCUCCUCGUUGUGUUAGCUCAGGUCUGUAUGUCAGCUCUGAUGUCCGGAUUAACCGUCUUCAUUGGCAAAUUUCUGGAGCAACAGUUCACUGUGACGGCCUCGUUUGCAAAUUUACUGAUUGGAAGCAUCCAUGUCCCUGGAGCAGUUCUCGGAAUCCUAAUAGGUGGGGCCAUCAUGAGGAGGUUCCAAUUGAGUCUCAGGGGCUCAGCCAUCAUGUGCUUUGCCGCCAUCUUUGCCUCUAUCUGUGCGACUACGCCACUCUUGUUCCUCGGCUGUUCAACGCAGGUAGUUGCUGGAAUAAACGACAACCAGGGUACCUUGAAUAGGACAUCCGGCUUGGAACUGAGCUGUAAUCGAGGGUGCUCCUGUAAGGAUCAGGCCUACAAUCCAGUUUGUACAACAGAUGGCGUCGAAUUUGUGUCUCCGUGCCACGCGGGCUGCAUGUCUGCCUCCUUCGAAACUGAUGGAAAAGUUAUGAAUUAUGCCAAUUGUUCCUGUGUGUCGGCUCAAACCCUGGUGAAGCCUGGCUCCUGUGGCAAUGGGUGCUACAAGCUCCUCCUGCCUUUUAUGAUCUUCCUGACCUUGGCUGGUUUUGUAGCUACAUUUUGCCAAACACCUUCUUUCAUCUUGGUCCUGAGGUCAGUGAAGCCUGAAGAUAAAUCUUUGGCAAUUGGGAUUCAAUUCAUGCUGUUCCGAGUUCUGGCUUGGUUGCCAGGGCCAGUCCUGUAUGGAAGUGCAAUUGACACCACCUGCAUCCACUGGGAAACGAAAUGCAGCAAAAAGGCAGCCUGCAGAUACUAUAACCUCGACCUCUUCCGGGUCAGGUAUAUCGGGCUGCAAAUGCUGUUUCAAUGCAGUGCCUUUCUCCUUUUCCUGAUGGCCUAUUACUUCUUAAAGAAAGAGUCUUUAAGAAGGGAGCAACAAGCCAAGAUGACUACAACAGAUCCGAGAGUUGGGGAAGAGAGAAAAAAUCUGAUGGAACAUGAGUGUGAAACCAAAUUUCAGCUUGAAUCCAAAGCUUGAGACAUGGACUGGAGGGGAAGUGGUAAGGGCGUUAUCUAUUUCUCAUUCACGUCUGACCUCGACACAGGACGCAGGGAGAGACAAUGCAUUGCCUCUGAUGCUGGUCUUCCCUUUUUUAUCGAUUUUCACUCCUGUGUACACUGCUCUUUCUCUGGGAAGCCUCCUGGAUCUUUCCUGCCCUUGGUCACCUACUGUUGAUCAGAUGUGUGGACCAAUCUGUGACAGAAGUGUUUAUUUUACUAUUACAUGUCUUUGUACUCUCUCUCAGGAGAGGGAGCAUCCUCUUGUUCCUGUGUUCAGUUAGCUGAAGUUUUUUUUCUCUGCUUGAUCAUCUAAUGCCCCUAUCGCAAAUCCUCUUUUGGCCUUUGAGUGAAUUCUUUUCUUACAUGUGAACGGGGACCUUCAAUAUGGGGGAGAUGACAAUGUCACUGGGCUAGUGGUGCAGAGACCCAGACGGAUGCAGUGGAGACAUGAUUCAAAUCCCACUACGGCAGGUGGUGAAAUAGAAAAUCAGUGAAUACGUUCUGGAAUUGGAAGCAAGUCUCAGCAACAGUGACCAUGAAAUUAUCCAUCGAUUGUUGUGUAAACCCACCCGGUUCACUAAUGUCCUUCAGGUGAAGGCAAUCUGCCGUCCUUACCCGGUCUGGCCUAUAUGUGAGUCCAGACCCACAGCAAUGGGGUUGACUCAUAACUGCCCUCUGAAAUAGCCAAGCAAGCCAUUCAGUUCAAGGUGGCACCUCAUCACCAGUUUGCUGAGGGAUAUCAAUGUUAGCCUAGGUCAGUGUCUCCCUACUUCUGUGAAUUAUUUCAAUGGCAUUAUAAGCUACGAUUGCCUUUAGAUAAUAGCGUUACCUUAAAUGGAAGGAAUGCAGUACAAUACUGAACAGAACAAUUAGUUGUAUUCCCCAAGAGUAUUACAUGUAACUCUCUGUGUUUUUACUUAGCCUUAUGCUCAGUCAUACCCAUCUGCUAAUGAUCUACCUCUCUGUGACAUGUAUCUGCUCAGGUGUUGUAGAACAGAGAGACAUAAGGGUUCAGGAAAAUAAUCCUUUGGAAUUUGCAUCACAUGGUAGACGAGUGGUUAAGAAGUUAGUUAGCACACUUGCCUUCGUUGCUCAGAUUUUUGAGUAUAGGAGACGGGACGUAAUGUUGGGGUUGUACUGGACAUUGGCGAGACCUCUUCUGGAGUACAGUGUGCAGUUCUGGUCACCCGUUAUAGGAAGGAUAUUAUUAAACUGGAGAGGGUUCAGAAAAGGUUUCCCGUGAUGUUGCCGGGAAUGGAAGGCUUGAAUUAUUAAAAUAGGCUAGAUAGGCUGAGACCUUUUCAAUGGAGUGUAGGAGGUUGAGGGGUGAUCUGUUAGAGACUUUUAAAAUCAUGAAGGGCAGAGAUAACAUGAACUGCAAGGGUGUGGUCCCUAGGGUUGGAGAGUUCAAAACUAGGGGACAUAUUUUUAAGUGAGAGGAGAAAGCCUUUAAAAGGACAGGAGUGUAACAUCUGUUUACACAGAGAAUGGUUUGUGUGUGGAAUGAGCUGCCAGGGGAAGUGAUGGAUGCUGAUACAGUGACAACAUUUACUACGUACAUGAUUAGGAAUGGUUUGGAAGGAUAUGGGCCAAAUGCAGGCAAAUGGGACUAAUUUAGUUUAGGAAUGUGGUUAGCAUGGACUGGUUGGACCAAAGGGUCUGUUUCCAUGCUGUAUGACUCUAUGAUUCUACGUAUUUCUACUUUUACAAAAGUUACUCAAAAGUAGUGUUUUAUGCUUCUAUAUUUGAGUGAGUGGAUUAAACUGCUCAAGGGAGCCAGGGGCCAAUGGAAUGAUGGAAUAAGCUCAAGGGGCUGAAUUGCUUUGCCCUCCUGCUCUUGGGCUGAAAAAUCGACAAUUCUGGCCUCACCUCAUCUGCUUCCAGUUUCUUUCAGGUUUCCAUUAAUCAGCCUGGCUGACUGACCAAUGUGUACAGAGGUAUAUCGGGAAUGCUCUGUAAACUGUUUGACAUCAUGCGUUGCAGGGAUGCCCAGUCAUCAGUGGAAAGGGCUCAGUAUGAAACGGUGCCCAUUUUGUCCAUUUUAUCCUCCUUGUGCCACUCACCAGUCUAUCCCUUACAAGGCACUCAGUAGAUCUUUUGGGAUUAGAGAAAGACGAGGUUGACUCAGAUAUGGAGUUGAAGCCACAGUCCAAUCAGCCAUGAUCUUAUUGAGUGGCAGGGUGGGUUGGAGGGGCUGAAUGGCCUGCUUCAGUUCAUAAUUCAUAUGUUCCCAUAAACCAGUGUCUGCAACCAUGGAAACAUGGAGCUGUAGACUCAGCAUUCUGUUAGCAUUCCUGAUUACUUGCUGUACCUGCAUACUAACCUUCUGUCAUGCAUGCACAAAGACACCCAGAUCCCUCUGCAUCUCUGUAGGCUGUGGCUUAGGUUUCAGCAAUAACAUGCAUUGAUUUAGCACCUUGAGCAUUGUUGAAAUGUCCUGAAGGAUUUGCAUAUUGUCAAAUCAAAUAUUAUCAAACAAAUGUUCAAUCUGGGCCACUCAGGGUUAGGUGAUCCUAAGCUUGGUCAAAAGCGUAGGUUUUAGAGGAAUGCUUUAAGAUAGAGGUGGAGAGGUAUAGAGAGGGAAUUCCAGAUCUUUAAGGGCUUGGCAGCUGAAAAGCAUGGGAGCCAAUCAAUCGAACUGUGGCCAGAAUUGGUAGGAUAUGGAGAUUUACAUGGAUUGUGCAGCCUGAUGAGCUCACAGAGAUAGUCAGGACAAAAUGAGGGAUCUCAAAUGAAAGGUGAAAAAUUUGAACUCAAGGUAUCACUGGGCUAAAUGUGAAUUAAGGUGAGAUUGAUGCUCAAAGAGCCUUGUUGCAUUUUCAGCAGAUGCUCUGCUGAACUGUUACUUCCUAUUAUUGUAUCACAUUAAAAUGUUUCCCUCUGAUUUCAUUAUGUUUCAAUACUGUGAUUCAAACAGAAUUUUGAAAACCUGUAUUACUUUAUAAAUAGAGAACAUGGCCAGAGACUCAAUCUCAAUGGCCCAGUAGAGUAGAAUGUGUUGCUUUUUAGAGCUGAUCAAAAUGUCAAUUCAUAUAUUACAGUGAUUUAAAAUCAUAUAAAAUUUAUUUACAAAUAUAUUUUUGCACAUUUAUGCUUCAACUGUGAAUAUACCCAAGAAUUUAAUCUUUAUUGAGUUGAAAUCAGUUUUUAAGUUUCAGAGAAUUUGUGAUUAGCCAUAUGCAUCCUGAAAGUGGAGGGUGGGGGGGGGCGGCAGGGCACAGUUAUUGUAGCACAAACUGUACAAGAAGGAAAUCGGGGUGGCAGGGUGCUAGAGAUACCUUUUUGGAGGAGAGGAAGUGCCCUUUGAACCAUCCCACACCCUUGAGAUAUUAACCCCCUCCUCUGUUGCUGCGCAUCUGAUGUCCAAAUCAAAUUCCCCCCUCUACUGCCCCUGCCCUCAAUCUUCCCCCUGUCCUCUCCCCCACCCCCCCCCACUCUCCUCUCCCCCACCUCCCCACUAUCAGGUCACCACCUAGCCCACCUCCCCACUGUCCUCUCCCUCUUGCCCCAACUCCCCACUGUCCUCUCCCACACCUCCCCAUUAUCAUGUCACCACCUCCCCCACCUCCCCACUGACCACUCCCCCACUUCCUCACUAUCAUGUCACUACCCCCCCCCCCCCCCACCACUGUCCUCUCCCCACCUCCCCCUCCUCCCCACUGUCCUCUCAUCCGCCUCCGUCCCCGGAUUGCCCAAUCCCUGUUCCCCACUUGCUCCCCUCACCCUUUCAAAUCCCAGGACGGACUUUGCAGUUCUGCUGGUGCCCAUUGCUACGGAGUGACUCUGUGUGACUGACUGAUGGAGACUGAGACUUCUUCCUCCCAUCAAGGGACAGAAGUCCCACUCUCACUGCCCGUUUCCCUCUGGCAAAGGGGUUACAGCUGAGGAACGGGCUUCCUUUUUUUUAGGAGAGAGUGGGUGCAAAUGAGCACCUCACCCCCAUCAACCCCAGGGAAAUUCAGCCCCAUACAAUCCCCUCAAUAAGACUAAAUUGAUUCUUGAAAAUCAUUUGAGAGAAAAAAAAGACUGUUGUUAUUGAGGAAUUUGGAGCCAUAACAGAUUUGUGAAAUUCUUUCAUGGGUUGCAGGUACUGUUGGCUGGGCCCAGCCUUUAAUGGCCAUUCCUGAUUGCCCUUGAGAGAAGGUGGGGCAAACUGCCUUCUGCAACCACAACAGUCCACGGGAUGUGCUGUUAGGGAGGGAAUUCCAGGAAACUGCUAGAUUGAGAACAAUAUCACAGGCUCAACCCUGAAAAUGAAUUCCUAGAAAUGCUAUAUCCCAUUCUUUUCUCUGAUAUAAUUAAAGCAAGGAUUGAAUCUGGACGUGGAUUAAAAAUGAUUUCAACUCACUUAAAGAAUAAUGCUGACAUUUGUACAGAGCUGAACAGAACUCGUGAUUGUGAGUCUGAUGGUCCUGAGGUCAAGUCCCAAUCCAAAGACUUGAACACAACAUUGGUACAUCCAGGGUCAGUGUCUAGAUUAGAGUGGUGCUGGAAAAACACAGCCGGUCAGGCAGCAUCCGGGGAGCAGGAAAAUCAAUGUUUCUGACAAAUGCUGCUUUGCUUUUCCAGCACCACUCUAAUCUAGACUCUGAUUUCCAGCAUCUGCAGUCCCCACUUUCUCCCAGGGUCAGUACUGAGGGACUGCUGUUAGAUGAGCUGUCUUUAAGAUGAGACAUUUAAUCAGCUCUCCGCCCCGCCUGUGCCUCCAUUGAAUGUAAGAGAUCCUAUGGCACUACUUGAAGGAAGAUCCCAGGAGAUCUCCCUCCUUGGCCCCCAUCCCGCUAGCACAGCCGGUGUCCUGGCCAAUAUCAGUCCCUCACCCAACAUCGCCGAAAGCUGAUGAUCUGGUCACUGUUCAUGUUGCUGCUCUUGGGAUCUUACUGUGUGCAAAUUGGCUGCCCAAAUCGUGCUGCCUCUACCGGGCAGUGACUAGUCAUGAAGAGUACUUCAUUGGUUGCAAAGCACCAAGAGGCAUCCUUCGAAGAUUUCCGACAUCGGAUGGACACGAGUGAAGCACAUGCUGACAUUCUGUAGUUUGUUUCUCUGGGAAUGGGAACCAGAGGGCACAGCCACUCUAAACCCAUUACAGCUGACCCACGGUGUCUAUCACUCUCAGAGCCUGCCAUUGGCAGCCGUUGGACACAUUAUACAGACUGAAAAUGAACCUGUUUGAUUUUGUUACGGACUCAUCUGCCUUGGCCAUUGCCUCUUGGAGUGGGACUUGAGCUCCACGUGUCUGGCUCAAAGGCAGGGAAACCACCCACUGCGCUGCAACACCUUCUUCAAGGAUGUGUAAGGAGGGUUGAGACACAGGUCUUUUCUUCUUUCAGGCUUGCCCGUCAGUCUUUUGCAAAAGGUUUUAACUUCAAACUGAAAAGCAGAAAGGCUGCUUCACUUGCAGAGACAAAAGCACAUACUGACUGAUCCUCACCAGCACCAGCCUGAUUAAGGCACUAUUCUACAGCAACAAAAACGUGCAUUCCUGUAACGCCUUUAACCCAGUUAACUAUCCCAUGAUGCUUCACAGCUGUGACAUCAGCGAGUUAGAGAGUGGGGAGCCUGUGGAAUUGUCUGCCACAGAAAGCAGUUGAGGCUACAACAUUGAAUGUUCCUAAAGAUGUUAGAUAUAGAUCUUGGGGCUAUUGGCAAUGUAGAGAAAGUGGGAACAGGGGACUGAGUUGGAUGAUCAGCCAUGAUCCUAUUGUAUGGCAGAGCAGGCUGAAAGGGCCGAAUGGCCUCCUCCUGCUCCUAUUUUUGAUGUUUCUUUGCUUCUAAGCUGUGAUACUGAGCGCUAACACCAGGCAUGUGGCAGAUUUCCAGAAAUGACAACACUCUGUGAGGGAGAUCAAGUUAGGAUGGCUGGUGUAGGAUAUUGAAAUGUUCCAGUUAAUGUCUUCGUAAUUGAGAGGUAUAUCCCAUGGUAAUUGUGCAAGAUCUGGAACUGACGUUGGUACAAAACACAUUUUAAAUGGAAAACAGAUCUUUCACUCAUGAGGAACUGAUACUAACUGCAACUGGCUUGGGGAUAUAAGAAAACAUUUGGGUUCCAAUCAUUAAAAAAAAAGCUAGCAAUCAAGUCAUGGGAAUAAGCUUGAUUUUGUAAUCCUUAAGGAAAGAAAGACAACACAGUGGCUUAAUGGUUAGCACUGCUGCCUCAUAGUGCUAUGGACAUCAGUUCAAUUCCAGCCUCGGGCAACUGUCUGUGUGGAGUUUUCAUGUUCUCCAUGUGGCUGUGUGGGUUUCCUCCCACAGUCCAAAGAUGUUCAGGUCAGGUGAACUGGCUAUGCUAAAUUGCCCACAGUGUUAGGUGCAUUAGCCAGAAGGGAAUGGGUCUGGGUGGGAUACUCUUUGGAGGGACUGCGUGGACUUGUUGGGCCAAAUGGUCAGUUUCCACAUUGUAAGGAAUCUAAUCUAAAGACCUGCCUUUACAAUCUCAGGAUGCUUCAGAGUCCAUUAAUGACUUUUCAAAACACAGUCACUGUUGGAAUGUACAAAGCCCAGCAGCCAAACUGCACACAGCAAGAUCCCAUCAAUGCCUGUAAUGACCAGAUCGCUGUUGAAAUGUAGGAAGCCCCACAGUUGAUAUGCACGCAACAAGGUCUCAUAAACUGCAAUUCUGUAAUGACCAGAUCAUCAGCUGUUGCUAGAGGGAUUGAUAAUGGCCUGGACCCUGGGGAACACCCCAUUGCUUUACUCCAAAGUAAGGGCUGUGGGGAUCCACCGGGGGGAGGGCUCAGUCUAAUGUCUCACCCAGAAGACAGCACCUCCAGCACUGGGAGUGUGGACCUGGAGUUUGUGCUCAAGACGCUGGACUUGGAUUCAAACUCUCGACCUUCACCUCAUAGGCAAGAGAACUACCCUCUGUGAUCCAGAGGGAGAGAGAUAGAGAGCCUGAAGCUGUGAGGAGGGAGGGAGGGAGGGAACUCACAGUUUCACUGGUGACAGUUGUGGCUAGCCAUGUGUCCAGUCUAGUGGGCAAACAAACUGUGACUUACAAACCUAAAUGCAGACAAGAUCAAGGAACAAAACAAAAUCACCAUGUGAACAUUUCUAAAAUGUGAAAUUUAAUUCCAAUUGUAUCUUUUGUAUAAACAAUACUAUUAACUUCUUAUAUCCAACAACAUUUAUAAGGCAAUUUAAUAAAUAAGUUUUAAACAA